CACUCACCACUUCCCUCAGCAAAAUGCAACAGAUACCGUGGAAACAGAAUAUCAACUUUCCUUCGGCCCUUCUCUUACACAGCUGCAUCACCGUGAUACUUAAAGAGUCUUUCAACGCGCUGACCAUUCUCUAUCGCCUGAUAUACCUCCGAAAUACGAAGGGCCCAAGCACAAUAACAAGAAUAAGAGGUACCGCGGUACUCGACGCUUAUACUUCAAUCUUCUCCCUUGACGCGGACGGUUCACAAGCCGAAAUGUACUUUACAAAUACCGGAGCACUGCUUCUCAGUGCGUCACUCGCCGGGAGUGUAGCGAUGAAUCUUCUGCUCCCCGAUUUGGUGCUGAAUACGAUAGUCGCUGGAACCUUUGGCCUAUGUUUUUUAGCUUCGGUACUUGUUGGGAAGAAUCAUUUUACUUUGCCUGUAAUGGCCUUACGUCGUGCUGGGCGCUUUAUUUGGUCGGAUACUCCAUUUGUUAAUUUUUUUACUCUGAUUUACAUUGCGACAGUCCUUCGCGGCCAGUCAAUAUUACGCCUACAGGAUUAUGUCACUUUCAGAAGCGUCGCAAUCCUUGAAUUGAUAUUUAUGAAGGCAAAACUAGCUGCCUCAAGCCCAGAAGAGCAGAUAAGAUUAAUGCAACAAGUGGUUAGCAGCGAGUGGAGAGUUUUAUCAUCGCCCAGUGACGACGAGAUACCAAUUUGGCGACUUCCCUAUAUCAAUCGGCAUGCAAUCGUGGCCUUCCAAACGCUCCAGCGCUUAAGCGUGAUGCUUUUUAAAACUUCUAUCGGAUACGAAAACGGUUGUUUGCAAGGCCAGAACGGCCCAUGCAGAUGUCAUCUCCCACCACCAGGGAAAUGCCUGAAAGACGAAGGGAACUAUCUAAAAAUCUUCAGAGUCGACGCUCAAACACUUCUUAUCUCAGAUUGCUACAACGAACAAGAAACCGAAAAUCUGUGUUCAAGCUUCAUCAGACAUAUGCAUGGUAUACUACUUCGGAGGAUUGGUCGUGUGCGAGUCAUUUAUGCAAUUAGAUAUGGCAAAGGAGACGAGAUGCCUUCAUUUCAUUCCAAUAUCAACAUGGUGACUGGAGUGCCGAAACAGUGGUUGGAAGGUUUUACGGAAGAGGAGCCUCUUGGUGAGUGUAUAAUAGGAUACUGAACAUGAAAAUUUCCAACCACUUUUCAGUUGAUUAAAUGCCUGGAAGCGGGGUUAUUAGCCACGUCAACGCUCGAGGCCACAUUCCUCCUUUUCCUUCUUUCCUCAUGUUGAGUAUUCUCGUCGAUAGCUACCUAGGUAGAGCACAUGAGUUGAUGUUCCAUUAUCCUGGC